AUGGAUUCUGGAACGUCCUGGGCUGAUCAAUGGGACACCAACCAAGACCCUCUCCCGGGAUCAGAGAAAGACAAGAAGAAGGGCAAGGAUGGGUCGAGUGUGAGCAAAUUUGGAAAGGCUGUGAUGAACUUCAAAUGGGUAAAAGAACUCCGCAAGAAAACUCAGAAAUGA